GUGUGACCCGGAGAAGCGCCCACGUCCAGACUGGCUGCCCCCGCCUCCGGCCCCGCAGUCAAGGGCGGGCGCCGCGCCAGCAGCAGGAUGGCCGGACCUAUCCUGCCGGCCUUCUCCAAGCUGAGUGCGCUGCUGCACACGCGCGAGGCGGAGCCCCGCAUGGACAACCUGGUGCUGCGGCUGCACUACCGCGUCACCGCUCGCAUCCUGUUGCUGUUCGCCUUCGUCGUGUCCACCCGCAGCCUGGCCGGCGAGCCGAUCGAGUGCACUACCGACUCAAGUGUGCCGCGCCAGGUUAUGAACAGCUACUGCUACGUGGCGGCGACAUUCAGCGUGGAGGGCUCCGGCGGCGCCGCCGCUGAUGAGGCGCCGGCCGGCCUCGGCCAGGGCGGCGAAGCGAGGCAUCACUCUUACUACCAAUGGGUACCGUUCGUGUUCGCCCUGCAGGCGCUCACCUUCUACAUGCCGUUCACAGUGUGGAAGCACAUGAGCGGUAACGUGCUGCGCAACUGCUUCAGCUUUCAGCUGGAUAUGCCGGACACGACGAUGCACGGGAGCUCAACCAAGCUGAUCUCCUUCGCGGGCUACCUCUCAGCUCGCAUGGGACGCGUCAACCAGGGCCUGGUCAAGGCAUUCUUCGUUGUCGAGUUCGCCUGCCUCCUGAACGUCAUCGGCAACAUCUUCCUGCUGGACGCCUUCCUCGGCGUCGACUUCGGCAGGCACAGUGCGGUUCGGCUGGCCACCUUCCUGCGUCUUGCGCACAAUGAUGACAGCGCGGACACCGUGUUCCCGCCGGUCGCCAAGUGUACCUUCCUCAAGUACGGCUACUCAGGUACCAUCGAGCGCAUCGACGCCGUCUGCGUGCUGCCGCACAACGUUUUCAACGAAAAGCUGUUCGUGUUCCUGUGGCUGUGGAUCUCGCUGCUGGCUGCCGUGACGGUUGCACACGGCCUCUUCCGCGUCGCUUCGCUGGCCGUGCCCAAGGUGCGGCGGAACGUGCUGCUGGCGCUGAUGCUGGACGAGUUCCGCGACGACGGCCGCCAGGUGUUUGAGCAGUGCACCGUGUACGACUGGUUUCUGCUCUGCAACAUCGCCAAGCGGAUGGACACUCUGGCCUUUAGCGAGCUGGUGCACCACCUGGCCGUCAGCCACAAGGAGCUGCUGCUGCCGGUGCUCACCGCGCCCGGCAUGUCCAGACGCGCCUCGCAGUGGUCGGAGGGGCACCGCCGCUCCACCGACCACCCCAAGGUCACCCCCUGACGGCACGGCUGCCGCCACCACUCGGCUCGCUAGUUCGCACCUGACGGAACUGGGGCCGUGUAUUGCUAUUACGCCCCGCCGAGCGACGAAAGAGGUUGAUGACUGAUUGGCUGAAACCAGGCUGAGGCAAACACCGACGAUAAUAUCCUGACGGAAACAAAGACACCAGGCUUCUUGCAGCUAUUGGUGUGUGACAGGGUGCAUGUGGUCAAACGCAAUCCAGGGUCCGAUAGGUAGAAGGAGGGCAGCGACGCAA